AUGGGGAAAUUUUCUGCUUCCAAAGACAAACUUUUCAGAGGACUAUUUAUGAGCCAUCCUAAAGCUGGGACACACACUACUGCACGUCGUGGUAAGAAACGUUCGGCCCGUAAAAUUAAUACUACUAGAAUACGAAAAUCUUCGUCCCACAUCUUCAAUUGGAAUCUGUUCGAUGUGCCAAUGGUGCAUCUACAACCUCAAGUGGUGCUAUCCACGGUUACUUUUUGGAUUGCACAUCACUCGUCUAGUUCCGAUCCACGAGCUAGGAACUGA